CCUCUGAUAACGCAAUCUGCACGCUCUAAGUGAAAGUCGCGCCGCGUCAAGACGCGCACGCAGGAGGAGGAGGCUGGAUCAGAGCGCAGCAUCCCGGCGCUGCGCACGUAAACAACAAAAACAAACAAAAACAAAACGCCACGCCCACACACUUGACCAGCUCUCAUGUCGAUGACCGCCGACAGUCCGCAGAGAUCCGAGCAAUGGACGACUUAACGGGACUCUCCAGCUCUGAGCCCGGAGUGAGGACAGAUUUCGAAAAAAAGAUAUUUGUGAACAGAAGUCUGACUCUUGAAAACAUCAAGUGCUAUGGCUUUGACAUGGACUACACUUUGGCUGCCUAUAAGUCUCCUGACUAUGAAAGCAUGGGCUUUGAGCUGAUCAGAGACAGAAUGGUGUCCGUUGGAUACCCGCACGAGAUUCUGCGAUACACCUAUGACCCCAGCUUCCCCACUCGAGGUUUGGUGGUUGACACCAAAUAUGGAAACCUCUUAAAGGUGGAUUCAAACGGCAACGUGUUGGUGUGCACUCACGGCUUCCGCUUCCUCAGAGGGGAAGAUAUUCAGAACUAUUACCCUAACAAGUUCAUCCAAAGAGACGAUACGGAGCGUUUCUACAUACUUAACACCCUCUUCAAUCUUUCAGAGACGUACAUCUAUGCCUCCCUGGUAGAUUUCUUCACCAGAUGCAACAGAUAUACAAACAUGCUGAAAGGUUUCCAGCACGGCGACCUGUUCAUGUCCUACAGAAGCAUGUUCCAGGACGUUCGAGACGCCAUGGACUUCAUUCACGACUCUGGAGUCCUGAAGGAAAAAACUAUCAAAAACUUGGAGAAAUACGUCGUCAGAGAUCCAAAUAUUCCUGUGCUUUUAACCCGAAUGAAAGAGGUGGCCAAGGUCUUCCUUGCCACCAACAGUGAUUACAACUACACUGAGGCUAUUAUGAGGUACCUACUGGAAAGCAAUGUCAAGCCUGGAACUCCAAAACUGCCGUGGCGCUCCUACUUUGACCUUGUCGUCGUGGAUACCAGGAAGCCGCUGUUCUUUGGAGACGGGACCGUGCUGAGACAAGUGGACACCAACACAGGAAAACUGCGCAUUGGGACGUACACCGGCGACCUGCAGCAUGGAACAGUGUACUCUGGAGGAUCUUCAGACAUUGUGUGUGAUCUGUUGGAUGUUAAAGGAAAAGACAUCCUUUACGUUGGCGACCAUAUCUUUGGCGACAUCCUUAAAUCCAAGAAACGGCAGGGAUGGAAGACGUUCCUGGUUGUUCCAGAGCUCACCAAGGAGCUCCAAGUGUGGGAGGAAAAGCAAAGCCUCUUUGAAGAACUGAAACGGCUGGACGUCUUUUUAGCAGAACUUUACAAGCACCUAGACAGCGGCAGUCGGGGAUGUCCUGACAUUGGAGCCAUUCAGAGCAGAAUGAGGGUGCUGACCCACAGAAUGGACAUGUCCUACGGACAGAUGGGCAGCCUACUGCGCAGCGGCUCCACGCAGACGCUGUUUGCCAGCCAGCUGAUCCGUUACGCAGACCUGUACUCGUCUUCCUGGAUCAACCUGCUCCACUACCCCUUCAAUUACCUCUUCAUGGCUCCUCCUGUCCUGAUGCCUCAUGAAGCUGCUUCUCUAAACUCCGCUGAGGUUGCUUCAACUGAGCAGAGAGCGAAAAACCAAGCUGUCGCGACAAACGGAAGAUGACUUUUUAAAACGGAUGAUGGUGACUGCGCCUGUGUGGAGAUGAAAGGCUUCUCGCUCGCAUUCUUUACCCAUACAUGGUCAACUUCCGGUCCACAGGCCCCUCAACCCUCUUUCUUUUUUUCUAACACCUCCAGUGUCUUUGUGGUGAUUGUAUUAUUGUACAGCUUUAAAAGCCAACCAUUUAAUUGCAACUAAAACCUAUUGUUCAAGAAAAUAUAAAAUAAAAUAAAAUAAAUUUAAAAAAACAGGGCGGGGAAAAAA